AACUUGGUCAUGUUCGCGGCUGUUUUUACGACAUUGUUUUACGACACUGCACACAGUCGCUCAUCUCCCUGGUUUAAAAUGGCGUCGUCGUUUUGGAAAGGUGUUGUCGGAAUAGGACUCUUUGCUUUAGCUCAUGCAGCUUUCUCUGCGGCACAGCAUCGGUCAUACAUGAGACUCACAGAGAAGGAAAACGAGACACUACCGAUUGAUAUUGUAUUGCAGACUCUAUUAUCGUUUGUGCUGACCUGUUAUGGUAUUGUCCACAUUGCUGGAGAGUUCAAAGACAUGGACGCCUCCUCAGAGCUGAAAAACAAAACAUUUGAUACACUGAGGAACCACCCAUCCUUUUACCUUUUCAAUCAUCGGGGUCGGGUGCUAUUCCGCUCACCAGAGGAGGAGCCCUCUUCUGUACACAACCAGCAAGCUCUUCCCAAUCCCAUACGGCUACGCAAGCUGGAGCAUUUGCACUGACUGGCCUCGUGUAACAUCAUCAACAUCAGAUAAAAUUUGUUUUUGUUAGACAGAAGGGGGAAAAAAAUGAGAAUUCAUCUUCCUCUAAUUUGUAUUUGUACAUAAACUAAUAUGCAGUCCAGACAAGCAUCUCAUCUCUGUCCAUAAAAGUGGGCGCCACCAUAUACAGCACUGACUGUGCCAACUCUUCAGUACUUUAAGAUUUCUUUGUAUAUAUACAGUAUGUGAUUGCUUUGGAGUCUUAAGACACAGACGUCAACCUUUUUGUCACUACUGAACUGAAUUGGGAAGUUGCUCUCCUUUGUGUCUCUCUUGUAUGAAGGGCAUAAAAAUGUUUAAUUUCAUCAACACACCAGUCUUCAGCAGCUGUCUGGACAACAUUUUGUCAACUGAGUUUUGUUGUAGGACUUUAGGACCCCUUUGUUUCCUUGAUGAUUUCCUGGAAGCAUAAAGACUCAUUUGUACAUCCUGUUUUCAUGAAAAACGUUUGAGUUAUGACACAGGAAAUCAACUCAAGAUGAUGUGAGAACAAAAAACAUGAUACUGUGUACAUUGGGCACAUAGAAAGAAAUGGUGCAUUCAUUUGGGUGAAGUUUAUUUUUCCUUCAUUUUACAUUUUGUUAAGCCUCAACAUGUUUUUAAUUUAAUAAAAUGCAUACAGAUUUUA